UAUUGCCGUCAAUAUAAAAGGUACAUAGAGUUUUGAACGUCCAAACGUUUCAGGAUUGUUUUGUUGCCGUAAUGCCGUCCCGCACUGAGGAUUACGAGGUUCUCAGCACCAUCGGCUCCGGCUCGUACGGAAAGUGCCAGAAAAUUAGGAGGAAAUCAGACGGAAAGAUCCUGGUGUGGAAGGAGCUGGAUUACGGCACCAUGGCAGAGGUGGAGAAGCAGAUGUUGGUGUCAGAAGUGAACUUGCUGCGAGAGCUCAGACAUCCUAACAUAGUCAGAUACUAUGACCGCAUUAUUGACCGCACAAACACCACACUGUAUAUUGUGAUGGAGUUCUGUGAGGGCGGGGACCUUGCCACUCUCAUCACCAAGUGCAUUAAAGAGAGGAGAUAUUUGGAGGAGGAGUUUAUCCUGUGUGUCCUGACUCAGGUGUCUCUGGCACUGAAAGAGUGUCAUGGCCGAAAAAACGACGGAGGCAGCACAGUCCUUCAUCGUGAUCUGAAGCCUGCUAACAUUUUCCUUGAUGCCAAGCAGAAUGUAAAACUUGGAGAUUUUGGCCUGGCACGGAUACUUAGACACGAGACAAGCUUUGCUAAAACCUUUGUGGGAACUCCGUAUUACAUGUCACCUGAACAAAUGAAUCACAUGUCCUACAACGAAAAGUCAGACAUCUGGUCUUUAGGAUGUUUGCUUUAUGAACUCUGUGCUUUAUCGCCCCCAUUCACAGCCUAUAACCAAGAGGAACUGGCUGAGAAGAUCACAGAGGGGAAAUUUAGGAGGAUUCCAUACCGAUAUUCAGAUGAGCUGAACACACUACUGAGCAGGAUGCUGCAUCUCAAGGAUUACCUGCGUCCGUCAGUGGAGUCGAUCCUCCAGAGCUCAUUAAUCUCCACGCAUGUGGCUCGGGAGCAGAAGAAGGCUCAGGCGAAGCAGCAGCGGGGGUCAUGUGACUUGGAGCAGCCUAAACUGGUGGAACUGAAGCUGAAAGAGCAGGCACUACGCCAGCGCGAACAGGACCUCAAGGAGCGAGAAGAGAGACUGGAGCAGAAGGAGCAGAAACUGUGCAUCAGAGAAAGAAUAGCAAAUGAGAAGCUGGCCAGAGCAGAGAGUCUGAUGAAGAGCUAUAAUAUGAUGAGGCAGCAGAGGGCGCACUCUCCACUGUUUACAGAAGACAGAGACAAAAGAGAGAACACAUCACCUGGAAAGAAGAAAGUCCAUUUUGCAGGCGACAACAAAGAGAACACGUGGCCUGAGCAGAGGGUCGGCAUCCGACCUCAGGAGCACGUACUCAUUACAAAACUACACGCCGUUAACAUAGGAGACGUUGAGAGAAAUUAUCCACUGAAGUGCAGGCCCAUGCUGGGUCUUCGCUAACAUUCACUGUCUAUAACCCAGUCCUGAUUUCAGCAGUGUAUCAGCCCUGAGGAAUGACAUCACAAACUCUCCACAAAGCAUCAGAAGCAUCUACUAAACUCUUGACUGAAAGCCUUGUAGAAAGAUUGAUUGUUUUCCUUGUAGAACACAAAAUCAACUGUAGCUGGACAACUUGACUUUGUUUUAAGUGGCUUUUCAUGUAGCUUAAUAUAAAGAGUUUCAAGAAAUGUUCUGUUUAUUGUGUUUCAGAAAGUGCAAGUUUGAUUAAUGGUCUAACACUGGGUAAAUUUAUUUAAUGUUAUGUCUGAGAGAGUGUGAGUAUAGAUUGUGGUGUGAAAAUUGCUUGUACGUGUUGAUUAAAAGAAAAGGUAAAA